UGGUCUCCUCACACAGCCAUGACACCUUUCAUUCCGGUGCUGCUUCUUCUGGCUCUUGGCAUGGCCGUGGCCCCGUCAAGCGGUGACAAUGGAGCUGAUUCUAGUGAAAUCGAGAUUCAGAAAAGACUGGACUUGGGAACCCUGAAAGACCUGCAGGAAAAGCUGAACGAAGUGGUCAUUGGGCUUCCACUUGGCUUCACCUUCUCCGCGCUCAAUAAACUAUGCAGCACAAUCGUUGACCUCGGCCUUGUGCAGCCCAAGGUCACACCGGACAUGUCGGGCAUGAGUUUCCUGCUGCGCACUGACGAGUGCAAGAAUAUCAGCAUUCCGCUUACUGAAGCCGAUAAGCUCUGGGAGGCACCGGGCUUCUAUCAGGAUCGUCCCACGGUCAUCUUCAUUACGGGCUGGAGAACAAACAUUCAAAAUUCGAACAGUGGGCCAGUGGCCAAGGCCUACAAUUGUCGCAACGACACAAAUUUUGUGUUGCUGGAUGCAGCCGACUUCAUAGACACCCUGUACUCGUGGUCGGCGCUGAACACGGAGGCCAUCGGGAAGUAUGUGGCCCAGGCCUUGCUGAAGCUGAACAGGACAUAUGUGAUCGAUAAAGUGCAUGUGGUUGGACACAGCCUGGGGGCUCAGAUUGCCGGAUCGGCAGGCCGGAACUACAAACAGCUGUCGGAAGGGGCGACUCUGGCGCGUGUGACGGGCCUGGAUCCGGCCAAUCCUUGUUUCUACGACGGCAACGAUCUGCCGGGCGUACGGAGCGGCGAUGCCAGGUUCGUCGACAUCAUACACACGAAUCCCGGAAUCCUGGGCACCCCGAAGAUCGUGGGCGACGCUGAUUUCUUUGUCCAGGGACUGUUUCCGUUCAAGAGCGGCUGUGCUGGGUUGGAUGUUAUCAGCUGCUCGCACGGUCGUGCGGUCGAAUACUUUACAGAGACGCUGUACCGAACGAACACAAACAACUUCCUUGGCAAGCGAUGCAAUCGGUAUGAGGAUCUCUGGAAUGGACGCAAAUGUAAUGAUACCAGAACAGUUAUGGGCUACGAUGCCAGUGCCCGCGAUCUGGGGUUCUUCUAUGUGGAUGCUAAUGCAGUUGAGCCAUUCGGCAAAAAUGCAAACCUGCAGUCUUUCACCUCAAGCAAUAGCCAGUGCGGAGCCUGUUAGGCCUUCCAGUGGCGUAAGGAAUGGCAGAUUUAUUUACCAGUAAAGCAAAUAUCCAACUAAUUGGAUCGAUUAAAGUGGAUCCAUGUUUCGCAGCAAGUCAGACGGAUUAUAAUCAGUCUAUAAUUAUAAUAAUUAUGGGCGGUUCUUCAAAAGAAUAGGAAUGGGUACACUAUAUUCGUUUGUCUGUAUAGAAGCAAACUUCCAUACUGGUUUUAAAUAUUUCACAGAGAAUAUUUAAUGCAAUUUUUCUCGUUGUA